UGUAAGACGGCCCUGCAGAGAGGAGCAGCACACAUCACAGCAACAUCAUCAUACUGUCAACAGGCAAUAAUGGAUUCUCUCUUCAGAGGCACCCUGUGGACCAUACUCAUCCUCUUCACACUGCCACACCUCGCCUGCAACAUGCUGUGCCCCGGCAGCUGCCUGUGUAACUUUAAAGGUGCCGUCAAGUGUGUUGGCGACGCCAUCACAGAUAUACCACAGAACCUGUCCGUCCACACGUACGAGCUGCAGCUUAAUGGCACCGGCAUGAACAUCAUCAAUGAGCAGAGCUUGGCUGACCAGGACCUGCUGUUGCGUUUCAGUCUGACAUACAGCCACUUACAUGCUAUCCAUCCCAAUGCCUUCCACGUUGCUCCACAGCUCAAGACUGUCAAGCUGUCGUCCAACGAUCUCUCUACCAUCUCUGCUCGGGUCUUCAGUCCGUUGGCGACACUGGAGCAACUGUUUUUAGAUGGGAACCAGUUGGAGACCAUAGCUCCGGAUAUGUUUGAAGGACUGGUUACUUUGCUGCAACUGGACCUGAGCCGGAACAAACUGACCAGUCCUGCUUCAGAUGUUUUCGAUGGACUGACCAAACUCACCUUCCUGAACCUUGGCAGGAACUCCAUAAAUAAGCUUCCACCAACCAUCUUCCACUCCUUGACUAAUCUUCUCCAGCUCAUGAUCUAUAACAACGAGUUAGAGGAGCUAGAAGCUGGGAUUUUUGAUAAACUUGUCAACCUUGUGGAGCUAAAGAUCCACCAUAACCAGAUUACCAUCCUUCCCCCUCAGGUAUUUUGGUCACUGAAGAACCUUAAGACCCUCACCCUCUCCUCCAACCAACUUCAGGCUAUCCCAGAAAAGACCUUCUACAACAUGCCAAAGCUGACCAAGCUCACCAUUUACAACAACCCGCUAUUAUCUUUACCAGACCAGCUAAUGGGUCACAUGCCUGAUAUGACAGACUUGUAUCUGUUUGGUACUAAUCUCACCACUGUUCCUGGAAAUGUGUUCGCAAACAUGUCAGGACUUUUGAGGCUUAACUUCCAUUUAAACGACAAGCUGAGGGAGUUGCCUUCGGACCUCUUCUGCUGCCUUCCCAAGCUCGAGAAGCUGUCAUUGAAAUUCAACGACCUCCUUUAUCUACAUCCCCAGCUGUUCUCCGGACUAACCACACUUGGCAUACUGCUUCUCAAUGACAAUACGCUGAAGAGCCUACCAGAUAACAUCUUUCAGGGCCUUGGAGGGGUUUUGACAGUUGAUUUGAAGAAUAACCAUCUCGAGACUCUUUCAGGAGAUACUUUCUUGUCAAAUUCAGUUUUGAAGGCUCUUAAUCUGGGUGGCAACCCCUGGGACUGUACUUGUAGUAUUAGAGGUAUUGCAAAAUGGAUAAGAAAACAUGAGCAUGUUGUUCUUGACGGACAGGAUGUGAUAUGUCAUAGUCCUGUGUACCAACUGCUCCGUACCAUUGGCUCUCUGCAGGAUGAGGAAUUCAACUUUUGCGAUGCUAAGACACUCAAGUCAAGUUAUUUGUUCACCACACAAACACCAGUUGUUGCUUCAACCACCACAAUGCCCACCACAAUGCCGACCACAAUGCCCACCACAAUGCCCACCACAAUGCCUACCACAAUGCCUACCACAAUGCCCACCACAAUGCCCACCACAAUGCCUACCACAAUGCCUACCACAAUGCCUACCACAAUGCCCACCACAAUGCCCACCACAAUGCCCACCACAAUGCCCACCACAAUGCCCACCACAAUGCCCACCACAACAUCGGGGACCACUGAAGGCGCUACCCAACAAGUCACCAUCCUUACAACCACUCCAACUACAAAACCAUCUGCCCCACCCUCCACCAUCUUAUCCACAAUUCUCACCACCAACGAGCCUAACGAGGAGUUUCCUCCCAAGACUGAGAAGCCCUCGUCUCAUUACAAGUCGGCUAAUUUCUAUGACACACUGGUGAUUGAAGAGGGGCCGGAGUUUGUUCACCACAACCUUCACAAGGGCUGGGUGUACGUGUGGUUUCUGCCCUCGGAUGCGGCCUUGACCGGGCUACUCAUGUUCUGCUAUAUCCUUCUUGUGGCUGCAGGCUUGUUCCUCAUUUUUGCUGCCGUGUUUUGCAUGUAUCGCCUCAACAACAGCAUGGAUAAGCUCAAGGCUGAGUGUGCACAUCCCCCGGAGCUGACGAAGAAAAUGUUUGACUGUGGUAAAAUAAAAAUGGACCUGCCCCUGAAGCUUGAAGUGCUCCUUCUUCUCUGCUCUUUCCACACUGUUGUUUGGGCGUGUCCAAAUGGAUGCUUGUGUCAAGGAACCCAAAUCUUCUGCAACGGGCUCUCAGGCUUCCCCACGAGUGUGCCCUCAGCAACCACAGCCACCUACCUCACCAAUUGCAGUAUCUACUCCCUGAAACCAGAGGACCUGACUGAUUUUUCUGAUGCACUUGAGAUCUUUUUUAUGAAAGACACAGUUUUAAGGGAAGUACGCACGGGCACCUUUGAUUUAUCUCCGAAUGUGGGUGUCUUAGGGUUUACUACAACUGAAUUACAAGAUCUCCCUGAAGCCUUGUUCCAAAAUAUUCCGAAACUCAAGUCUCUGAAUCUGAAGAGCAACAAGCUCCUGGUACUCCGCCCUAACUGGUUUUCCACGUUGGCAGAGCUACGACUCCUUGACCUCAGCAAAAACCUUUUCACUUCUGUACCUGUAGAAACUUUUCACCCUCUUGCUGAACUGCAGAUCCUUCUUUUUUCUGGAAACAAUAUCAGUCAUCUACCUAGAGAGACAUUCAAGGGUCUUUCAAAGCUGAAAACCUUACGGCUUAACAAAAACUCUCUACAGGAAAUACCCCUUGGAAGUUUGGAUGACCUUGGAGAACUGGAGGAACUAUCCCUACAUGACAAUCUAAUCACUCAUCUCCACCAGGAUCUGUUCUCCAAGACUUUGAAACUCCAGAAGCUGUACCUCUCCAACAACAGGCUCAGAUCUCUUCCACAAGGGAUCUUCUUAAGCCUGCCCAUUCUUUCCCAGAUCUCCUUGUAUGAAAACAAGCUGGAGAGUCUGGGGCCAGGAGUGUUUGGGCCCAUGGCGCUGCAGGAGUUGUGGCUGUAUGACAACAAACUGAGUCAUGUGGAGGAUGACACAUUCAGAAACCUGACACAGUUGCGUCUCCUGGUCCUCAGUCGCAACCAGAUCAGCUCUGUAUCCACCAGGGCCUUCGGAGGGUUGGAGCAGCUUGGAGAGGUAUCACUUCACACUAAUCUGCUCACAACACUGCAAGCUGGGACUUUCCAAGAUCUGCCAAGUCUGGUCAACAUUUCCUUGGAGCAUAACCUCAUCAGCACCCUACCUGUGGGAUUUCUCCAGGGCGUGAGCAACCUGGGACAGAUAGACCUGCAAAAUAACUCCCUUCCCAAUCUGCCACAAGAGAGUCUAGAUGCGCUCAGUUCAGUAAAGGAGGUUCUCUUGCAGCAGAACCCCUGGAGGUGUGACAGGGAUAUUCUGCCACUUAGAAACUGGCUGAAACAGCACCCAUCCAAGGCCAACCAAACGCUUGUUUUGUGUGAAGCACCUUUAAAUCUGAAUGGCGAGGUAAUCGCUCUGCUGGAGGAUGAGAACUUCCUGUCCUUCGGCUCUACAGAGGCUCCUGUGUUGACCUCAACGGAGAAGAGGAGGAAACCACAGACUCCACCAGCGAGACGAAGCACUUCCUCACCUGUAGUCAAGACCACCGCUGCCUCAGAGAGUGGCAGUGAGGAGGUCACCAGUGGUGGGCAAGGGGAGAAGGAUACUGUUUCUAAUGAUAACUCAAUCAUCCUCAUCGUCAUCGCAGUAGUGGCCACUGUCAUCAUCAGCACUGUCAUCAUCGGCUUAGUGUGCUGGAGGAAGAACAAGAGAGGCAGGGGAAAUAUUGGCCGCAGAAACAAGAACUCUGUGCUGUAGAUGAGACCACCCAAUUUUAGCAACCCAAGAACUAUUAAAGCCAAGGGAAAAUGCUAACUGGUUAUUGUGGCUUAGUUGGAAAAUGUGGAGCCCGGAGUUGGUUUAAGCUUCAAAAGCAACAGAAUUAACCACUUCAUUUCAAUUCAGAUGUACCAGCUAAAACAAACAAGUCAACUUUUGAAUUAAUCAGCUUUCAAUUUAAAUGAUUUUAUUUGUAAUGAAUUUACCAGCCAGUUUUCCCUCAUGUGUGCUGUAAAAAGACAACUGAUAUAGUAUUGACUAAUGGUGAAAACACCACAUUGCCAUCUUGUGGGCAACAUGGACAUUUCGGGGAAGGGAAGCUCAGAUGCUCUGAAACAAUGUAUUUCUUAUUGCAGACUUAAUGCUGCCUUCAGUACUUUGUGAAAUCAAUUCCUAUAGUUGCAGUUUGACAAUGAUUUUUUGUGCUAACAAUACUUUUAGGAGACAGGUUUACUUUUUGCAAAACGGCAAUCGUUAAAAAAUAUUUUGACUCGACUGUAACACAACUCAUACUAUGGUUUCACACUUACAAUGCAAAAUGUUACUAUAAGUUGAAUAAAUGCACUAUUUUUAGUGGGAGCAAUCUUAUAUUGUGUUAAUUAUUUACUUUGCUAUUUUGUAUUACACUCAAGCUUAACCUCAUUGAAUCUGAGAACAAGUUAUCUUUUAUUUACACAUUAUUCAGGAUUCAAUAUUUCAAUACAAUUGAAAAGUAGUAUUACACUGACAUAUUCUUUCAUACAUUAUAUGAAAAAUAAAAUAUACAUUAACACAUCAAAAAGUCGGAAUUAUGUUAUUUACCCAGAAGGCAAAUGUCUAUUUUUUGCAGCAUGUUGAUUCUAUGACUAAAGAGUAGUCAUACACACAAUUUAUAAUCAUUGGUAUGUCUGUAAUGAUGUUGAUUAAGUUGAGUAGUAAUUCAAACUCAACAAAAUAAACUUCAGACUGAGCAGAUUUAUAAGGGGUCAUGGUAAAGGGAAGGGGGCACAGAAUGAUAUUGCACCAUAAACCCUUGUUGCAUUUCCAGCAAUCUGUACGUUUUGUAAUGUUGUGAUGAUGUACAUGUAUUACUGGUAAAACUGCAGUCAGCCAUCUUAUUCAUGUCUCCUCAUCUCUUUCUUAAAUUAAGUUUACACGAAAGACCGACACACUUAUUGAAAGCAGUCAGAAUAAUGUUUGAGUCAUUUACAUAAAAAACUAAUAUUCCAUCCUUUGUUUUGCCCAAGCCGAAAAACAAAUGAAACAUAAAUACUGUAAUGUACAUAAUGUCUAAUUGUUGCCUGACAUUAACAAUCAAAGGACAGAAGUUCAAACAAAACAUAAUAAAAAAACUGGAGAU